GGCUUUUGCUAGAGCUACCUCUCGUCAUCUCUCCUACUUGGAUACGAAAUGGCUUUUUGGGCAGAGCCCAAAGCCUGUUCUAACUGUGGGCUGAUGCAAGCAGGUCACACACGAAAAAACUGCCCGGUGAUCAAAUGUUUUCGCUGCCACGAGCAGGGCCAUAUAAGCGAUGACUGUCCAAACACCAAAUGCAGUUACUGUCGCCGAAUGGGACACUGCAAAGCCGAGUGCCCAAAGCUCAAACUGAAGAAGUCUAAAGGCCACAAAGCACCUCCACAUUCGCCACCCACUGGUCAGAAAACUGGCAUCAACUCCUGGGAACUAGUCCCAAAUGUUGUCUUUCCAACCCUUCACAGCACGAUCUCUCAGUUAGCUUCGCGUCUCGUGGCCGAUUCCGACGUCUACCUGCAGCGGCUUCCUUAUCGCUCUGUAAUUACGAGACUUGGAGGUCCACAGAAGGUAGCUCAGAUGCUUUUAGAGUGGGUCGAUCCUCAGAUCAAGACACGACCACGGAACCUUCACACUUGCCGUCGAGGCUCUAGUCGCACCAUGGGAAAAAAACAACGCCUCGUGCUGGUGCUGGUGGUCGAAGCUUUACUGUUGGCGACAAAACCCGAGAGGAACUCCUACAGGGCCGCAAAUAUUUCGGAACUCGGACGAGAAGAAACAAUCUCUUUGUUGUGACAGUGCAUUCAUUCAUUGAGCUUUUCCUUCAAGUUGAGAAGCCACCAGAGGAAGCCAUUGUCAAGGCCGAGAUUAAACCACCCGGGCAGCGGCACGCCCACGUGUGGGCCCGGGAAACCCUCAGCACAGAUCCUGGGUCACGGUUGGCUUUUCGCGUUACGUACUCAAGGGAUGCGGUGGAAAUAUCGUCGUAUGCGACGUCGAAUCUGGGGUAUUUCGCAGCCCGGCUCUUUCUACACUAAUGACCACAUUACCUUAAUUCCCGCCAAAGAAUUUGACCCGCGCAAAAAGCACAGAAUGGAUACAAUUUGAACAGGAGUCGCGGCUCUUGGAAAUCUUGGCAGCCUUACUAGUAAGGUUGAGACGUGGUGUGAUACACAAGCCGUGACUCGAAAAGCGAUCAGGCUCUUCUUUCUCACUUACUGCUCAGUCGGGCCCUUGCAGCAGAACCUCGCGACGUUGGGCUUGACAUGUGGCAGGCAAUGUUGAUUUGAUAUACUGCAUACCCAACUUGAUGAUAAUACAUACUAGUGUGACUUCCAAGAGAAACAAAAAUUAGUACCGCGUAGAUCUGGGUAAAAGGCGGACAGUUCGCAAAACCCUAGCUAGCUAACAGCGUGCGUUGAUAGAUACAUACUCUCUCUAAUUCUGCCUGACAACCAAUCCUCGGGGUACGAAAACAACCCUUCAAAAAAAUUGAAUCUGGCCCGAGCCGCGGAUCGAACGCGGGACCUCUCGCAGUUAUGCUAAGGGUAGACCCCUGGAGAAUGUUAGGAAACUUAAAGACGUAUUUGAUUGUAUUGUUAAAGAUGACUUACUAAGCGAGAAUCAUACCACUAGACCACCCGGGCGAUUGAUAUUUGACUGUACGAUCUAUAGGUACUAUGACCAGUGUAAGAGGUGUACAAUAAGUUGACCAGGUAUAAGGUCACUACACCAAGAAUAAUGAUUGUGCAAGACUAAACCUUGCUCCAGCAAGGUGAUUGGGAUUCCAUAACGAUACAUAAGUGAAAGGAAGGUAGUAUGCUAGCGUUACAAUAGGGGGUCAAUGACAGGACCUUCGCCGAACGCGGAUAUUUCAUCGGAGACCUCGGAGGUCAUAGCAGAUGGCCUGUUUCCUCAGGCCACUCCGUGACAACCAGGGACUAUGUGGUAGUUACACAAAGGAAACGAAAAAGAAAAAGAUAGGCCCGAGCCGCGGAUCGAACGCGGGACCUCUCGCAGUUAUGCUAAGGGUAGACCCCUGGAGAAUGUUAGUAAACUUAAUUAAAGACGUAUUUGAUUGUAUUGUUAAAGAUGACUUACUAAGCGAGAAUCAUACCACUAGACCACCC